AUGUUACUGGUGAAGGAAAGGCCGGACUGCUCCAAGGCGAGAUGUGAGGUGCAGUUUUCUCCACGCUGCCCUGAGGACUCUAUAUUGAUCGAGGGCUAUGCUCCACCAGGUGAAUGUUGCCCCCUGCCCAGCCGCUGCGUGUGUAGCCCAGCCGGGUGUCUGAGGAAAGUUUGCCAGCCCGGGCACCUCAACAUCCUUGUAUCCAAGAGCUCAGGCAAACCUGGCGAGUGUUGUGAUCUCUACGAAUGCAAACCAGUGUUCAGUGUAGACUGCAGCACAGUAGAGUGUCCACCAGUGAAGCCCGUCCAGUGUCCGGCGGACAGCUAUGAGACUCAGGUCAGACUGACAGCAGAUGGCUGCUGCACCCUUCCUACCAGAUGUGAGUGUUUGCCUGGCCUCUGCACCUUCCCACAGUGCUCAGCGGGGACUUCCCCACAGGUCGUGUCCCGUGGUGAUGGAACACCUGGGAGGUGCUGUGAUGUGUUUGAGUGCGUCAACGAGACAAAGUCGGCCUGCACUUUCAACGGAGUGGAGUACCAUGACGGGGACAUGUUCAGGAUGGAUGCCUGUCGCUUCUGCCGCUGUCAGGGCGGGGUGUCCGUGUGCUUUACGGCCCAGUGCGGCGUCCUCCACUGCGAACGCUACUACGUCCCUGACGGAGAGUGUUGUCCUGUCUGUGAAGACCCCAUCUACCCAGUGCUCAAUUUAGCCGGCUGCUAUGUGAAUGGGCAGAUCCUGGCACACGGAGACCAUUGGCGUGAGGAUGACUGUACCUUCUGCCAGUGUGUGAGUGGAGAGGCCCGCUGUGUGGCAGCUGCCUGCGGCCACAGCUGUCUCAAUCCUGUCACUGUGCCCGGAGAGUGUUGCCCUGUGUGUGAGGAACCCACCUACAUCACGAUGGCGCCCCCUGCCUGCGGUUCACUGGACAACUGCACGCUGGUGGAAAAGAGCUGCCUGUACGGCUUCCGGCUGGACUCCAACGGCUGCAGGACGUGCAGCUGCAAGACACGAGAAGAGUUGUGCAGUGGUCUAAUUGCCAGCUGCACUCUGAAAUGCCCUUUUGGCUUCCAGACUGACAUUCACGGCUGUGAUGUUUGCCAGUGUCGCCCACGUCACAAGAAGUGCAAAGCUGUGGCCUGUGCCAAGGACUGCCCAUUCGGCUAUAUUAAGAACAAGCAUGGCUGUGACACCUGCCGUUGUAAGAAAUGCCCUGAACUUCCAUGUGACAGGUCCUGUCCAAUGGGCUUCCAACAUGAUGAGUUGGGCUGUCUAAUUUGCCAGUGUAGAGAUCAGAGCUCAUCGCCUGUGGCUCCAGCAGAGAAUUCGGGCUCCUGCGGCCGUGUGCUCUGUGAGACGGAGGUGUGCCCGCCCCUGCUCUGCCACAGUCCAAUCAGAACGCAGGAUUCCUGCUGCCCUCACUGUCCAGAUGAUCCAGUCACCCCUCAGACGACCAGUAACAACAGCAUGUCCAGCUACUGCAGGAAUGAGGAUGGUGAUAUCUUCUUGGCUGCUGAGUCCUGGAAGCCCAACAUCUGCUCCAGCUGUGUGUGUCUAGACGGAGCCAUCAGCUGCUUCUCUGAGUCCUGCCCACCGGUCAACUGCGCCCGGCCCAUGCUCAGGAAGGGCCAGUGUUGCCCAUACUGUCUAGAUGCCACGCCGAGGGCCGUGUGUCAUUUCAACGGGAAGACUUACAUGGACGAGGAGCGAUGGGACAUUGACAGCUGCACUCACUGCUACUGCCUGCAAGGCCAGACCCUCUGCUCGACUGUCAGCUGUCCUGUCUUACCCUGCCAUCAGCCGGUCACCGUGGAGGGCAGCUGCUGCCCCAUGUGUCCAGAGAGUUACGCUCCCACAAACGUGCCCAUCGAGAACACGGACCAACGAGGAGACAAGCAGAGACAUCAACCAGCCUGGCCGACUCACAGCGAAAACGAUAUUAUGCCACAGUUCAGAGGUGACUUCGGAAGUCUGCAGAUGCCCUACCUAGACGGCAAGGCACCACUACCCAGUGAGGAUGCUGGUCUGCACUGGGCCUGGGUGGCACUGCCCAUCCUAAUGAUGAUGCUCACUAUCGCCGCCCUGCUGUUGGUCAACCAGCGUAAGCAGUGGAUCCCUGUGCCUUGUUACCGCACUCCCAAUAAGUCCACAUGUCUCAAUAACCAGCUGGUGUAUGUGGACUGCCAGAAGGGGACGAAGGUCCAGGUGGACAGCUCCCAACGCAUGCUCCGCAUUGCAGAUCCUGACUCAAGAUACAGCGGUUACUACAGCAUGCAGAAACACAACAACCUGCAAGCUGACAACUUCUACCAGACCGCGUGAGAUACAGGACAGAGAGAGAGAGUGAGUGAACGAGAAAGAGAGAGACUGAGCCCGUGUUCAGCUGCCAAACCUUUGCGGCACAUGGACACCUAUUAAAAAACUGUAGAGAUGGACAAAACCACCAAACCAAGUGGUCAGAGAAGAGACCCUGAUACCGAAUAACAAUUCUAAUAUUCACAUAAGUCACUCCAAGCAAAUCGAAAAAAUAUAUCACACAUUGACACCUGAAAGUCUCACCAGGAGAUGGAAGCAGCACAUAUGUAACUGAACCAUUA